CCCUCCUCCGCUUCCUCCGCUCCCCAGGUGGAGCCCGAGGAACGCCGUCUCGGGCACAGUGAGGACGGGCUUCUAAGGUGACCGCGGACCCCGGAGAGUGCGUGCCCGGGCGGAAAGGCCAGGCUGCCCCGGGACCGGGCUCGACGCAGGGAAGGAGACUCAGCCUGAAAGAUGCCACAUUCCUGCAAGCCCUUUGUGGACAGCAGAACAGUCUCAGUCAAGGUGGUGUGGAUACGUGGGUGAAAAAGAAUGCUACCCACAUCCAAAUGCUCUGGAGGAUCCUGGCCUGGGAGCUGAGUUCCUUUCGGACUUGAGACAUCAGGUGUGACUUGGUAUAAAGCUUAUGAGAGGCACUUGGCUUUCUAUAGCUUUUUUCCCUAAUACUCACCAGACUGGUUUGGUUUUUGAAUUCUGAGGUAAACUGAUUUAAAAAAAAAAGCUGACAGAAAUAGAAAGAAGCCCCUAGAAGUCUCCAGAACUGUCUGACAGGAUUUCUUCAUACUACUCAGAACACAGAGGGCCACUCUGAUACAGCUGAGCUUUGGACUUUUUUUAAGUGAAGGAACACAGCUCAGCAAACAGCUCCUGCACUUCAACCAGAAACUGCCUCUUACAAUAAGAAUUCAAAGGGGAGAGUUGCUGCAUAUUGUACUCUUAGACCCAUGGUCUCAGAAAUGUCACUUUCUCCCAGAUAAUAAUCCUGGCUUUUCCAUCUAAAAUGCUAGAUUUGCAGGAAGGAUGAGCCAUUGUAGCAUCAAGGAGGACUCAGGAAGCAGAAGAGUUGCUGGACAGCCUUCCCCACCCAACUGAGGAAAACAACCUGAACUUCCAGUGCAACUCGGCCAGUGGGGACCUAUGCCAGGAGCAAGAGCAUAGGUCGGCUGCGGGACUUUGCAAAAUGAGGUGUGCUGGAGAAAUCACUAGCCAGAACUUGGCCUUUCCUACCUGCCCCUUCAUCACACGGGCAGUCCUAGGACACUGAGCCAACAAUGGCUGAGAAGGGUGACUGCUUCGCCAGUGUCUACGGGUACGACCUUGGUGGGCGCUUUGUUGACUUCAAACCCCUGGGCUUUGGUGUCAACGGGCUGGUUCUGUCAGCUGUGGACAGCCGGGCCUGCCGGAAGGUAGCUGUGAAGAAGAUCACCUUGAGCGACACCCGCAGCAUGAAGCACGCACUCCGGGAGAUCAAGAUCAUCCGGCGCCUGGACCACGAUAACAUUGUGAAGGUGUACGAGGUGCUGGGGCCCAAGGGCACCGACCUGCAGGGUGAGCUGUUCAAGUACAGUGUGGCCUACAUCGUCCAGGAAUACAUGGAGACUGACCUGGCACGCCUGCUGGAGCAGGGAACACUGACGGAAGAGCACGCCAAGCUGUUCAUGUACCAGCUGCUCCGCGGGCUCAAAUACAUCCACUCCGCCAACGUGCUGCACAGGGACCUGAAGCCCGCCAACAUCUUCAUCAGCACAGAGGACCUUGUGCUCAAGAUUGGGGAUUUUGGGUUGGCAAGGAUUGUUGAUCAGCAUUACUCACACAAGGGUUAUCUGUCAGAGGGGUUGGUGACAAAGUGGUACCGCUCUCCACGACUGCUCCUGUCACCCAACAACUAUACGAAAGCCAUCGACAUGUGGGCAGCUGGCUGCAUCCUGGCUGAGAUGCUCACAGGGAGGAUGCUUUUUGCUGGAGCUCAUGAACUGGAGCAGAUGCAGCUGAUCCUGGAGACCAUCCCUGUGAUCCGUGAAGAGGACAAGGACGAGCUGCUCCGGGUCAUGCCGUGCUUCGUCAGCAGCACCUGGGAAGUGAAGAGGCCGCUGCGCAAGCUGCUCCCCGAAGUGAACAGUGAAGCCAUUGACUUUCUGGAAAAGAUUUUGACCUUUAACCCCAUGGACCGUCUGACAGCUGAGAUGGGGCUGCAGCAUCCCUACAUGAGUCCAUACUCAUGCCCCGAGGAUGAGCCCACCUCACAACACCCCUUCCGCAUAGAGGAUGAGAUUGACGACAUCGUGCUGAUGGCUACCAACCAGAGCCAGCUGUCCAACUGGGACAGGUACCCAGUGAGUUUGUCGUCAGACCUGGAGUGGCGACCCGACCGGUGCCAGGAUGCCAGCGAGGUGCAGCGCGACCCACGAGCUGGCUCUGCACCGCUGGCCGAGGAUGUGCAGGUGGACCCGCGCAAGGACUCGAAGAGCAGCUCGGAGCGCUUCCUGGAGCAGUCGCACUCGUCCAUGGAGCGCGCCUUCGAGGCCGACUAUGGGCGCUCCUGCGACUACAAGGUGGGGUCGCCGUCCUACCUGGACAAGCUGCUGUGGCGUGACAACAAGCCGCACCACUACUCGGAACCCAAGCUCAUUUUAGAUCUGUCGCAUUGGAAGCAGGCGGCAGGUGCGCCUCCCACAGCCGCCGUGGCAACAGAUGUGGAGGCGCAGGAGGACGAGCCAGCCAGCCUUUUCCUGGAGAUCGCCCAGUGGGUCAAGAGCACACAGGGCGGACCCGAGAACACCAGCCCGCCCCGCGAUGGCCCCGAACGCCACCUGUCCCCUUUGCCCUCUGAUUGCCCAGCCUCGCUCGAUGGGGGCGCAAGCCCCCAGUUUGAUUUGGACGUGUUUAUCUCCCGCGCUUUGAAGCUCUGCACCAAACCUGAGGACCUGCCAGACGAUAAAUUGGGCGACCUCAAUGGCGCUUGCAUCGCAGAACACCCUGGAGACCUUGUACAGACGGAGGCCUUCUCCAAAGAAAGGUGGUGAGGCCAGAGGGAGCACUUGCAGCCCCUAGCAGGAGGUCACCCCAGAAAAGCCCAGCCUGGCCAGAGGGGGCCACCUCUCUGGCACUUCCAUCACCCCUUCUGUCCCUCUCUGCUGCCUUGCGGUUAGCAGAACACGUGAAGGAUCCGAGGAGCGAGAGGAAUGUCCAUUUCUUAAACUGCCUUAAUUACCAGCCUUUAACCUCUGGGAGCAGGUGUGAACAGGAGCCUGACUAGGAGUUAACUACUUUCCCAGCAAAGGGAAGACCGUGUGUUUUCUAAGCGGCAGGGCAUGGGGGACGACCCCAGUCUUAGAUGACAGUCUGCAUCCCCUGCCUGGGAGGUCAGGUGCAGAGGCACCUUGCAAACACAGUUGUGAAGCCAUCCGGCUUAUCAGCCUCAAAUGACAGCUGAGAAAGGACUCUUAGGCCCAGAGAAACAAGGUGAUUUGACUUGUUUAGGGCCAUCAACUUGUGUAGUAGGUGUCAGAGUGAGCCUUGAAUCCAAGUUUCCUGGCCCCUGGACCAGUGUCUGUCCCUGAUAUCAUGUCUUCCUCUGCCAAGUCACUGGCUUUUUUUUUUUUUUUUGGUCAGAAAACUUGGUCUAAGAUGUUUCUGCCCUGUCCAUUACCAUCUAAUCCUUCAAUAUUCUUUAAUUCAGAACAAUGUUACUUGUAUUCUUAAAUUGGAAACUGAAUCAUUUCUCCUAGUCACCAAGCAUAUGUUUGCUGGCUCCCCAAAUACUUAGACGUUCUCAUCUGCCACUCCCAUUGUAUUUGCCUGAUUUCUGCAUGAUCUGAAAUGUUUGUUUCAGAGCAGAGCAGUGUAGCAUCCUGGGUAAAGUUGGGCAUUGCCCUAGGCCUACACAGACACCUCCAGUACGCCCUAUGCACUUUCCUGACAUGCACAAAAACACAGUCCUCAUUCUCCGGUGGAUAUCCUACAUGAGGAGUUUGAAGACAUCCAUUCCAGGAAUCCCUCCGCCCUAACCCCCAGCACUCACAGAGCUCCUCUCUAAGCCCGCAUCAGCACAGGAAGUUCUCCAAACAAAUCAUUCAUUUGGAGGAAAACAAUGAGGUGCCUGCCUUAGACCAAACAUGUUAGGAGGGAAGGUUUCACCCAGGGGCUAUCAUCACUCAUUAAUACUGUGCUUGAUUUUGACCAUCCAUUUAGUGUUGGCUGAGAGCAGACCCUCAAGGAAAGCACUGGUGGACUAGAAAACUUGUGGCAAGAAACGCAGAAAAGUAGGGAAGGUGACAACAACAGUUUCCCCUAACAUAAGCUUACAGUACUCAAGCCCUCUGCAGAUGCAUGGGUUGGGGUCACUCACAGCCCCAGUCCAAUCCCUGGAACUCUGCCAUUGGUAUCCAUCUCUUCACUCUCCUCCAGCACCCCAAAGAUACCCACAGGAAGUCUAGCCAGUAUGUAGGGAGAGGGUUCCCCCAGUGUGGGUCUUGGGCUGUGUUCACUCUCACAUCACAGCACCUUAAAUUCAAUCAGCAAGUUAUUGUUUUGUACACUGAAGCCUGCAACAUGUUAGAAACUUAUAUUAAAAACAGAAUUAAUCAUGCUGACCAGUUUUUAAAUGGAAAAUAUGUAAAUAUGAAGAGUUUAGGCUUUGCUUUAAAAAAAAAAAAAGGAAAUGUACACCAGUCCUCAUGUGCCAUUGUGUCCUUAGAGUGUGGCUUUACUUUUUGGGUAAAGGAAUAAGCUGCUGACCUUGACCAGGAGUUCAUAUCUAAUUGUCAUUACAGAGAUUCUUAUAAGUACUCAUGUUUUUUAAAAAAUCUAUUAAACAUUAUUAAACUUGAUCAGGAUGGGCCAAAUAAAAUUUUAUUGUAACAUA